AUGUACGCCGCGCUGGCUGUCGCCAAUCUCUCGACAUCCUCUGCCACGCACCCACAGCUUGUAGAGGAGGAAGUGCUCAGGCAUCUUGUGCCCAUCCUCCAGAGCGAGGAAGUCCAGGAGGCAAGGAUUCUGCUGGUGAAGGUGAUAGCUUAUGUCCUCAAUGCGCUGGGGAACUUCGCAUGCAGCAACAUCAUGUGGCACGAGCUCCAGCAGAUGAACGCUGCAGACGGUAUCCUCACAAUCCUAAAGCAGACCCAGCGUGAGGAGAUCAGGAUCAACUGCCUCUUUUGCCUGGCCAAUCUGACUGCCGACCCCUGGCACCGGAAGUGGAUGAUGGGAAAGGAGGCUGCGAGGGCCAUGGUUAGAGUUUACGAGAUCAUCUGGGGCUACAUGCAGGAUCCCAACUACAACAUCAUGUGGUACUCCCUUGCCAUUCUCCGUGGCCUCGCCGUUGAGAGCGAAGCGCAGGAGCUGUUUCCAUCAAUGGGCCUGGUGCCUCUGCUAACCGGCAUGUGCAACAGUCAGUGUCCGCAGACGCUGAAAACUCUCUCCAUGGAUUUAUUGCUGCACUUCUCCAUGUACAAGGGGAACGCAGGCAUGAUGAUGGAGAAGGAGGUGUCGCAGGUCAUUGAGCUCGUUCCCAUCGGCGUAGCGAUUAUCGCCAACAUCUGCGAAAGUGUAGAUCUUCAUGACCGCAUAGUUCUUAUCGGAGGCUUCGCCUUAGUAGUGCUGACAUGGAUUUCCGAUGCCCGGGUUGCUUUGUCGGUGAUUGCGUACAAACGCAGCUUGGCGAGCACAGCAUCCGGCAAUAGGCACGUGAUCCGGGCAUUGAUGUUGCUCAGCCUGUCGCCGAAGUACCACCACGUGAUCCUGACUACCGGCGAUGGCCAACGUUUGCCCGAUAGCGAUGACAGAGCGGCUGAGCAUCGCCAUGCCGCUUUCACCGAGAUGGCUUCAGGGAACUUCGGAAAUGACAGGUCUGCAGACUUUUCAAAUUGGGUUGAGGGCUUCGGGGCUUCGGGACUGGACCCGCGUGCGAAUGCUCUCCAGAUGAUGGCUGUUGACUCGGUAUUGGGUGUUCGGGGGGAUUGGUCUCCCUGUGAAGCUUCUUCGAUGCUCGCGAUCGAUUUCGGCUCGGCAGUUUCAGGUCUGCGCGACACACCCAACCACUCCAACGGUGAUCCGGCAUGCAUCGGCAUGCGCUCAAUGUCAAAGCAAAGCCCAGUUAGUGAAGAGGCCACUGACGUCAUCGACCUCAUGAUAUGCAACUCCAUGGAGAAUGUUGACAUACGCCGGGCGGCGGCCCUUGUCAUCGCCAAUGCCUCCUCGGAUGCCAGCAACCUCGCCGGGCUCCUGAGAAAUGGGCGGUCGGUGACUUUCGCCCUCAGGACGGAGAAGUGCAUCGGCUCCGGCUGCACCUCAGAGGUGUACAAAGGCACCGGAAUCUCGCAAGUUUGGUCGCUUGCCUUUAAGGCGUUGGACGAGGAGCUUGCUUGUUUCUUGCUUGUCUUGCAGUGUCCAAGUCGCUACCAGCAGUCUCCUUCGCUUGCAGCGGUCAAGGCAGUGGCGAUCAAGCAGAUCACCGAGAAGACGGCUAUCCGACCAGAUGAGCAGCUCGCGUUUGCAAGGGAGAUGAAGGUCCUCACUAGAGUGCAGCACGAAAACCUGGUGCGCCUCUACGGCGUCUGCAUUGAUACUCCUCCUUUGAGGAUCAUCACUGAAUUUUGCGAAGGCGGAGCUUGCUUCGAGCUCCUCCACAACGAGCAGGACAUAGAUCUGAUUUUUCCGCAGCAAAUCAAAAUGUGCAAGGAUGUAGCGCAGGCAAUGUGCUACUUGCACACUUUCGACCCCAUGAUCAUCCACAGAGAUCUCAAAUCACUGAACCUCUUGCUUGGCAAGAAGGUCCUGGGGCCCUCGGACGUCCCCUUAGUAAAGGUCUGCGACUUCGGCGUAGCGAAGCUCCAGGCCCAGGCUGGCCAGUGGGGCCAGAUGACGGCGCAGGCGGGAACGAAACACUGGAUGGCUCCCGAGAUGUGGACAUCUUCCACAUACGACGAGAAGGUGGAUGUCUUUUCAUAUGCCAUGGUGGUCUAUGAAAUUAUCUGCCGCGAAGUGCCCUUCGAAGAGGAGGAGCCUGCGGAUGUGGGGAAGUACACCCUGGCCGGUGUCCGACCCGACAUGGACGCUGUGCCCCCGGACUGUCCCCCUGAACUUCUGCAGGCGGGGCCCGGUGUUCUUAACCUGUAG